UUCAUUGGUUCUUGGGCCGUUUCUCUGUGCCGUCAGAACGGGGCGUUUUUUGUUCUUGGCUCAGAAGGUUCCAGUCGGUUGUCUCACACGAGGAGUCAAAAUGAUGGGAGGACCGGUUCUUGUGCUGAGCCAGAAUGUCAAACGGGAGUCUGGGCGCAAGGUUCAGACAGGAAAUAUCAAUGCAGCAAAGACAAUAGCAGAUGUAAUCAGGACAUGUCUGGGACCAAGAGCUAUGAUGAAGAUGCUUCUUGACCCCAUGGGUGGCAUUGUAAUGACCAAUGAUGGGAAUGCUAUCCUGAGAGAGAUUCAGGUGCAGCACCCAGCAGCUAAGUCUAUGAUUGAGAUCAGCCGCACGCAGGACGAGGAAGUCGGAGAUGGCACCACCUCCGUCAUCAUCCUGGCUGGCGAGAUGCUCGCUGUGGCAGAGCAGUUCCUGGAACAGCAGAUGCACCCCACAGUGGUGAUCAGUGCCUACAGACAGGCCUUGGAGGACAUGCUCAACUUGCUGAAGGAAACCAGCACCCCUGUGGAUGUGACCGACCGGGACAUGAUGCUGAAGAUCAUCCACUCGGCCAUCAACACCAAAGCUCUUAGCCGUUGGUCAGACCUGGCCUGCAACAUCGCCCUGGACGCCGUGCGCACCGUGGAGCUGGAGGAGAACGGCCGCAAGGAGAUCGACAUCAAGAAGUACGCCAAGGUGGAGAAGAUUCCCGGUGGGAUCAUCGAGGACUCCUGUGUGCUGAAGGGCGUCAUGGUGAACAAGGACGUGACGCACCCGCGCAUGCGGCGCCUCAUUAAGAACCCGCGCAUCGUGCUGCUGGACUGUUCCCUGGAGUACAAGAAGGGCGAGAGCCAGACAGACAUCGAGAUCACGCGUGAGGAAGACUUCGCAAAAAUCCUGCAGAUGGAGGAGGAAUACAUCCAGCAGAUCUGCGAGGACAUCAUCCGCCUGAAGCCCGACCUCAUCUUCACGGAGAAGGGCAUCUCCGAUCUGGCCCAGCACUAUUUGAUGAAGGCCAACAUCACCGCCAUCCGCCGUGUCAAAAAGACUGACAACAACAGGAUUGCCAGGGCAUGUGGGGCGCGGAUCGCCAGUCGGACAGACGAGCUUAAAGAGGAGGAUGUCGGCACGGGGGCGGGGCUGUUCGAGGUGAAGAAGAUCGGCGAUGAGUAUUUCACCUUCAUCACCGAGUGCAAGGACCCCAAAGCCUGUACCAUCCUGCUCAGGGGGGCCAGCAAGGAGAUUCUGGCUGAAGUGGAGCGCAACCUGCAGGAUGCCAUGCAGGUGUGCCGCAACGUGCUGCUGGACCCCCACCUGCUGCCGGGGGGCGGGGCCGUGGAGAUGGCCGUGUCACACCGUCUGACGGAGCACUCGCGCGCCCUCACCGGGGUGGAGCAGUGGCCGUACCGUGCCGUGGCCCAGGCCCUGGAGGUCAUCCCCCGCACCCUGAUCCAGAACUGUGGAGCCAGCACCAUCCGUGUCCUUACCUCCCUCAGGGCAAAACACUCCCAGAAGGACAACUUAUCGUGGGGGGUGAACGGCGAGACCGGCACCCUGGCGGACAUGACCGAGCUGGGAAUCUGGGAGCCGCUAGCUGUGAAGGCACAGACGUACAAGACCGCUGUGGAGACCGCCAUUCUGCUACUCCGUAUCGAUGACAUUGUUUCAGGACACAAGAAGAAAGGCGGAGAUGACAAGACCGGCGGAGAGCAGGGUGCAGAGUAGUGGGAUUUGGGAGGGGUGCAGAGACAAGGGUGUCAUCUGGAGAGACGUGAACACAGAGUGGACAUGAGGGAUGUGGAUCUGAAUCCCCUCCGAUGUGUCCGCUAUGCGAAACGUUCGUGCAGUUUGUGUAAGUCUGUCUUUGGCUGGGAAAUAUGACCUGAAAUGUAAACUAAAUAAAAAUGAAAUUUUUUCCUGACUACAUUUUUCCUUUGAAGUUUUUUUUUUUUUUUUUUCCGAACACAUAAGAAUAAUUCUCUACCAUCUCUGAUUGUGCAUGAUUUCCCCAAAAAGGAGUAUUUAAGUUUGCAUUUCUGGUGUCCCACAAAGUAGGUAAAAGUGAUUGAUUAAAAGUUCCCAUAGAGAAAUCAUUCUAACUCCAAAAUGUAUAAAGAUUCUUCUAGAACAAAGUUUACAAAAGUUUCAUAGAUGUGGGACCAUGGCGUUAAUUUAAACCAUCAGCUGAUGUGCAUUGCAAUUGGGUUAUUCUUGCAUUCUGUAAUUGUGGCACAAUAUAAUAGCGUUUACCAUCGACUCAAUACUGCAAGAGGUUAGCAUGUGUCAGUCUGGACCCUGUCUAUUGACACCCGAGCACUUCCAUUCCCUGUUAGUGUUAUUUGCUCCUUUUACUCCCUUUGCAUUGUUAAUAAACUUUUCUUCAAAGACUAA